AGAGCACGUGUGUUUGUUGAUCCUUGCUUUCGGAACGCAGGGAUGUCUUCUCUAUGAUGAUCGGUGCGAUCAGGUUUCCAAACUAUGACCGACAAGACGUUGAGAUCCAUUUCGACGCUAUUCCUCGCCUGUGUCCCUGUCGUGGAAGUGAGGAAAUUGCUGGACGCAGUGCCGAGCGAACUACUGACGCCGGAAUUUCAGGAAGCGUUGAUCAGUCGUACCAUUCUCCAUCCCACGGCGGUAACGUACCCGCCGAGACCUGCGUAUAUCAGGAAUUUCCUCAAGUGUCUCAUCAACAAGCUUGAAGAAAAAAAUGUCGACAUCGCGGACAGCCUGUACGUCCACUUUGCGGAGAAACUCGGCGGCGUGAACAGCGAUGAAGACGUCCCCGGCUUUGUCACGUACACUAUUGACGCUCGCACGACAGUCACGUUAAAAGAGCAUACCGCUUUUGUGAUUGGUGGAACGACAGGCCUCACAACGUGGCAGGCAUCGAAGUGUCUGUCUGAAUGGUGCCUCGAAAACAGGCAUCUGUUGCGUGGCAAGCAUGUUGUAGAACUUGGAUGCGGCAUCGGACUGACUGGCAUCGUCGUGUGCAAGACCUGUCGCCCCCUGUCAUACACAUUUACCGACGGCCACGAAGCCGUGCUUCGUUCCCUGGAGGAGAACCUCAAGCGGAAUGGUGUCACGGAGUGUCAUGCAAGAGUUGAGACGCUUUGUUGGGGCGACCACGAAAACUUCAAGGAACGUUGCACAGCUGAUGUAAUCCUUGGAGCUGAUCUGGUCUAUGACCCAGAAGUCGUGCCAGCCCUUGUUGCGACCCUCGCGGCUCUGCUGGCGAACGGCGGCACAGCAUACAUCGCAUCGACUAUCCGCAAUCCUGAAACUCGUGCAUUGUUCCUCAGUGAACUAGCAGACCAGGCAUCGCUGCAAUACGAGCCGUGCGCAGGUCCACGAGAGAAGGUUUUCUUCUACGAUCGCUCGUGCCCAGUCGAAAUAGACAAGAUCACAGCAUGCCCCAGAUGACACAGGAAUUCGCACUAUACACUCAAACCUCAUUAUAACAAAGUCUCAUCUGCCACGAAAAUAACUUCGUUAUAUCCGAAAAUUCGUUAUAGACGUUUAUUUUUAACACUGUAGCUAUGACAAGGCUAUUCUUCAUUUACUUCGUUAUAACCGAUAAUUCGUUAUAUCCAUGUUCGUUAUAACGAGGUUUGAGUGUAGCACAUUAUAUAGGGUUGGGGUUUCCGGCCACGGUGGCUGCAUUUCAGUGAGGGCACCAUGCAGACGCAUAAACGCCCCAGUAUGCCUAGAUUUAGGUGCACGUUAAAGAACCCCAUGUGGUCGAAUUUAUUAGAUACGUCCCUCGCUACAGCGUGCCUUAUAGCCACAUUAUCGUUUUGGCAGGUAUAACCGCAGAUUAAAUAUGUGCUAUAUUAGUAGGAGUGAAUUUAGUUACCGAAAAUUUUCUGAACCAAACACUGCAAACGUCACCUUUUCUCAAACGGUCUGCCUUUCGUGCUCAAUUUCUAUAGUGAUUACUCAAUGUGGCAAGAGUAACAGAAUUUUAGCCUAAUUCAUUAAAGUGCGUUGGUUAUCGGGGGCCUUCAAUCCAGGGCCUCACUGGAAAAUUAUCAAAACUGACUCGCCGAAGUCUGUCGGUUACCCCCGGUCUUCCAGUAUAGUGGCUUGUUGGUGUCCGGAAACAUGCAGGAUAGGCGAUGGAACAAGUCAUUUCUAAGUGUGGGAACUACUGUACAGUCAGGGUCAAAGGCUUAGGAACCACGAGAAUCAGGAAAAAGCUGGAUAUUCUCGCUGCUUCGGCGGGCAGCCUUGGACUCAGAUUUCUGUCCUGUUCCAAAAAGCGCUAACGUGUACUGUGCAGUUCGACCGAAUGCAGUCAGAAAUUUCUGGGAAAUUCAAAGUUUUCUCACACCUAGUGGUGUCUAAACUUUGGAAUAGACGGAGCAUGACGUAGCUGUUUGCGGAGGGAAGCUAUACUUCCAAUAAGCGGAGAUGAAGUUUGUGGGGAGCUGUAGAGUGAUGACUGACCACAGUCCCAGAGCACAUGUGGCAUGUUGAGAUAUAAUAGGACUUUUUGGGGGCCUAGUUGGUGCAUACUGACAAAAAUUACUUAGCGCAAUAAGUCCCUUGUGUACGUUCCUUCUGUGCCAUGUUUUCAUUGCGCUAAGUAACUUUUGUCAUGUUGAGAUAGUUCCUGCAGUUUGUAUGUUCCAUGGUUGAGGAGGGUUGCUGGCAGGACCACGUAUCAGGUACGGAGUCGAGUUGGUUAAAAUGUUCGUUAGCAUUUGUUGAGUUAACGAACCAUGCCUUCAGUUUACUAUGACACGUAUCUUGGGAAAAGAAACGCCUUCGAUCCUCUCGGUCCGUUUUUUUAACGAGGGGCCACAUUAUUGGCGAUCACAACAUUCUUUGCAGUCUCGCACGUUUCUGCACGCUAAAAAUCGCAGCAGCAAAACUUCCGGUCACCGUCGCGUGCGGGAUGGUCACAUGACCCGAGCAGAAACGCCGCAUAUAACUUUGGUAGAGUGGCGCAUCGCUGUCGGCUUUGGUGGUGCUGGCGAAAUAGUGAGAACCGCGAAGUGGCGUCUCGUAAGUUACUGUCCCCUUCCCUCCGUCACACGGGCCUACCACCGACAUGGGUGAAGUAAUACUUAUGCAACGUCAAGCAGAACCUUUCCCUUUCAUUUAAUAUUGGAGAUGGUAUUACGUUGAUAUAUGAUGUUUCCGUUGCAGCAUCAUAUGUGACGAACUUGCGGUUGCCGUCACAUGCGGGAGUCACAUGACUUGCACCUGUGACAGCAGCCGCAAGGUGUAUACGGAAACCGCAAGUGUACUUGCGGUUGCCGUCACAUGCGGGAAAGUCACAUGACUCUCGCGCCUGUGACGGCAGCCGCAAGUUGUACACUACUGCACCAUUUAGGGUACAGAAGCACGCUGCGGUUCGACCAUUCGCGAGCUUGCGACUUUCCUACAACUCUCAGUUGUCUAUCGGUAAAGCACCCUACAGUUCGCCGCUUGGAAUUGCUUUGUUCAGGGAGCAGCCUUCGCAUGACAAGUGCCUUUUUGAAGACGGUAAUUCAGAGUAAAAAAAAAUGAGGUGCAGUAUUCAUAGAAUAUAGGAAACACUAUAGCAUCGUUAUUGCCGUCAGAGUGAGGUGUAUAUUGUGUGUGAGAAAGCACCAGUGUUCAUGUUGAAAAUGUGCUGGACAACCAUGUUGUAUUUUGUAUCGAUCAUCGUUCUAUCAAACAUAAGUUUUAUAUGUUUGCUAUAAGUACAUACGAAUAUUACAACAUCUAUUCAUUAGAUCGCAGUUAGAUUGCUUUUGACUAGCAUAAACUUUACUAGUAUUCAGACAGUAUACCUCAUGUAUGUGUUUUGAGGGAAAGCCCUACUUUUAGAUCAAUGCCUUUAUGGUGGAUACUUCGUGUGCAAUGUAUCAUUUUUUAAUGAGAACAUGUGAAAUGUGCAAUAGUGUCUCAGUAAUAAAAGCGUGAUAAUUUUCUGCAAUUGCUUUUAGAAACAGCGAGUGUGUCAAUUCGCGACACAAAAUCAAGGCAGCCUAUGGGUGGCAAACAUGUUGGCAGGUACAAAAGGAAUAAAGUGUUACUUCC